GUCUGAUGGGAAUGCAGAGACACACAGAGAGAGAGAGACAGAGAGAGAAAGAGAGACAGGCAGAAAGGUUGCUGAUAGACUAACAAGCCUGUCAACCAGGUGGAGUAAGAAGCGGUCAGGCUGGAAUUAAGACAAUUUGUGUUUCUGAGUGUGGAACUGGAUUUCACCUGAUCAUUUCACAGACAGAAAGGAAAACCUCUGGCCUGUUGACUCCCACUCCCCAACACCAGACUUAACAGAGUGGAAUUUCCCUCCUCUUCCUUGGCUGGAGCCGGGGGUAGAUGGUCGCACAGAGAGUCUGAACAGAACUCAGGAAGGAGCAGUGAGAGGAAGGGAGGGAGGAGGUCCGGAGAGUGAGAGGAAGAGAAACGAGGAGUGGACAGAAGAGGAGACAUGCUUCGCUACGGUUCAGGACGAACUGUUUCCACCACCACCACAACAGAGGACUCUCCCGAGUCUUCAAGUGAGAGAGGGAUCAGACGCCUCAGGUUAACUCUUCAUGCAGGAGAUUAUGGAAAUAAGGAGCAAAAAACCACAAACUCAGACACAGCAGAAAAAGAGAAGGAUGCCAAUGGGACAUUGAAGAAGAAGAAUGGGCUGAUCCAAAGAGGGAGGCCAGCUGGCAGGGAGUCACCCCAGCAGCACCUCGGGGACAUGACCAAUGGGGCUCCAGAGAUCGCGCAGGAGAAUCAUGGGCCCAAAGUGUACGGCAUUGUGCAGAGGACGGGUUCGGACAGGCAGCAGGAGGUGAUGGCGCGAGAGUGGACGGUCAAUCACCUUCAUGAUGAGAUGAAGUACAUCAGGGAGGUGAGAGAUUCUUUGGAGAAGGUGAGAGAGCGGAUGUAUGGGCAGUUUGGAGGAAUGCAGCAAUCAAUGCAAAAGCUUUCACAGGAAAUCAAGUCUGCCAAUUCACACCGGAGGAGUCUGGAGUCAGAGGUGAGGGUCCGGACGACAGCCAUGGAGAGCUUUGAUCAGAUGAACAGCUCCCUUAUAUCUGCUAACAUCGGCCUGCAGAAAUCCCUUCUGGAGAACUGUCAGAUAAGAGUGGACACGAGAGACAAGGUGAAAAGUUUGCAGAGCACCUGUGAGAAAACACAAGAUAAACUCAGAGACAAGGAGAAAGAGCUGGCAGCCACGCAGAUUGAAAACCAGACUCUGAGACUGCAGGUGGAGUCGGCACGGGAGGCCAACACUCAGGCGCUACAGGAGAUCUCAGCAAAGCUGCAGCAGGAGUACGAGGAGAAGCUGCAGGAGGAGCAACGGAAACACAGGGAGGAGAUUGAAAACCUACAGGCCCAACUCGAUGAGUACAUCAGGCGACUGGAGGAAGCAGAGAGAAACAUCAAGAUUGCAGAGGUCAAGAUUGCUGAGAGGGACCAGAGGAUCCUUGAAGUGGAGCGCCUACUGGACUGCAUGGAUAUGGAAAAGAGUCAACUCUACAAGAAGCUGCAGGAUAGUGAACAGCGUCUCCGCUUGAUGGAUCUGACAGACAAAACUGAUGCAACUGCAGUCAAAAGGUCCAAAGAGCUGCAAUCUGAAUCUGUGGAUCUCCGUGAAAGAAUCAAACACUUGAACGACAUGGUGUUCUGCCAGCAGAGAAAAGUCAAAGGAAUGAUCGAGGAGGUUGAAUCACUGAGAGCUCAAGUUGCUCAGAAGGAUAUGUUCAUCUCAGAGCUUCUGGACAGAAUCGCAAUAGUGGAGUGUGAGAAUAAUGAAUUAGAAGACAAGCUGAAGUAUUUUAUGUCCACACAGAAUAGACCACGAGAGGUUUUGGAAACCAGAGAGAUAGGAGUAGGCUGCAAUCUGCUCCCCAGACCUGAAGCAAAAAGGCAUGAUGUUGAACCUUCUGUUCAGAUUGAACCAACUCAUCUCCAUCCCAUACAACUUCCACCUGUUCAACCACCAUCAACAAAGAAACCUCCAUCACCCACUCUACCUUCGUCUCCAACACAACCUCCAUCACCCCCUCUACCUGUAUCUCCCACUCUACCUGUAUCACCCACUCUACCUGUAUCACCCACUCUACCUCCAUCCCCAACACAACCUUCAUCCCCAACUCAAUGUUCAUCUCUCUUUCGACAUCCAUUACAAUACCUAACAACGCCCUCCCAACCAAGGACGUACACAUCUAAUAACCCUCCACCUAGCAGACUCGAGUCCAGUUUACUGAGGUACACUCCUGUCCAGUACAGCCGUUUGCUGGAGCAGAACCCCUCAGUAUCGACUUGGAUGCUCCCCUUCAGCCACCCGUCUGACUCUGAGUCGUCAGUUCCUCCAGUCCAUUCAGGCAGAGAUGAGGUUGACGCAGAAACAAACACAGACACACGAUCAAGUCCUGAGGAUUCCUCUUCUUCUCUGCUCUCUUCUCGACCAAGAUCAAGAACCCCUCGAGUUGAUACACCGUUCAUGAAGCUUCUGGAAAUAACACAAAAGAUAAACACAGAGUGAUCUUGAAGUAAUAGUUCGACAUUUUGGGAAAUACAUUUGUUCACUUUCUAGCUGAGAGUUAAAUGAGAAAAUUGAUACUUCUUCAAUUUUUGAAUGUAACUAUGAAGCUACAGCCAGCAGCUGGUUAGCUUAGCUUAGCAUAAAGACUGAAAAAAACCGGAGGAAAGAGCUCUAAAGUUACGAAAAAGUAAAAUUCACUAUCACCCUGAUCUAUUGCAUCGAAGCAUCUAAGAAGCAGCUUGUUGGAAAGUAUUUUGGGGUUCUGAACCAUUUUGUCAGGAAAGAUAAGUGUUAUACAACAUUAUAAAAAGCAGCUGCCUGCUCUACCAUGUCAACAAAUCUGAGAACUCACUUGCUAGCUGCAACAAAAGUGGCAGUGGAGGCACCAGAAAUGAGUGGAUCUACUGUGCAACCUUGUGUGAUUGCCUUCUUUUCCACACACAUCCGCAGAACACUCGACAGAAGCUGAUAAAAAGACAGAUAAGAAAGUAAUAUUUCAUAUAAUGAUACUAGGGCCAAUGGCAUUGUUUCGGGUCAAGAUUUUAAGGAUAAUGGCAGAGCUGAAGCUCCAAGUCUCACAAGACACAUAGCGGGAAUGCAUUACACGAUAUAAGAAUUUGCUCAAAGUUGAUUUUUUGAAAAACACUGACAGUCCUACUUCUUAAACUGGUGUAUCCCGAAUUCUCCAUUUUACAGGGUUUAUGGAAGCUAAUGUGGAGACUUGAGUUAUAGAUCCCAGUUAAGAAAAGUCUGGUCCAGAAGCCCCCAUCAAAUGACAAAUUGACGUUUUUACACUUUUACACGUGCUGGUAGAUGAUUUUUGAUCCCUGUUUCCAGUCUUUAUGCUCAACUAAACAAUAUGUAGCUGCAGUUAUCUUAGCAUGAAGCUAAUAUGUAUGUCAUAACUGUACAGUUACAUGUUUCUGUGGUUAAAGCUAAGCUAAGUGCAGUUACAUGUUUACUGUAGUCAGUGGUAUUGAUCCUUUCCUUAAUCAAAAGAUGCGUGAGUCCUAAAAUGUUGUGCAAAUCCUUUAAACUUGUCUUUAUUCUAAUUUAGUUAUAAUAAAGUUAUGUUUUAAAAAACAUAAAUCAACAUUCAUGACAGAUAUUCAUAUUAGUUCUUUCACUAUCAGAGUGUGAGUCAUGUUAAUGAUGUAAAACUUCUUGGUUUUCAGCCUUUGUUUUCCCGUAGCACUAUUAAUGAUAAUGAAACAUUGCUUACUGUAGGGUGUAAAUAAUCUGAUGCUCUGUACAAAUAUUUUGUAAGUAAUAUUCUGAAGGAUUAUAUUUUUUUUAUAGUUUUGUUUACUCUGAAUGUAGCCUAUAUGUUGCUCAGAGAGCUAUGAGCCGGUCAGUCUUAUAUGAAGGUUGAUCUGGUUAUUCUGUCUAUAUCCCGACCAUUUUAUAUUGGCUCUGUAGAAAUGAAAUUAAUUUUAUUUUGUUUUGUCACAUUAUGUACAAAAUAUUUAUUAACAUGCUUUGUGCCUUUGUGAAAAGCCUACUAUCUGAUACUGGGGUGGGAUGGAUCUCUUUAAAUUGGCAACAGGGUAAUAUAGUAAUAUAAUUUUAAGUAAAUUUCUGUGCAUGAUAAGACUGUUCAAUCACUUUAAAGAUAUUGACCUUGUAUAGGUGACUGCCAUUCCUGAGCCACAGGCAGAAGUAUUAUCCAGCUGUUAUCUGCACUGCCACAACUGUGUUUGAAAAAGCUUUAUGAUGUGCCUUCUCCUUAACGAUACAUAUCAUAAUGCGACUAAUGAUAAGAGGCCAUUGAUGUUUGGAUAAUAAAGACU